CCCUCACCUUCACUCCAUUUCAGUCUCUGCUUCAAAAAAAAAAAAAAAAAUCACGACUCUCAGUUCUGAUAUCACCGAAACACCACCAGGUCCACCACCAUGAGAAAACCAUUAAACCCAAACCAUUUUCUCUUCGAUUUUUCUCAGAAAACCUACCACCAUUAAACCUUCGAAAGAAAUCUUUCUCUUGAUUAUAUUGUUCUUCAGUCCUUCUCUUGAAAACCCACCACUAUUUUCUCUUCAAUCGUCGUGCUUGAUUUUCUAUAGGAAAAGUUAGGGUUUGAUUUUGAAGUUAGGGUUUGCAAUUUUUUUGGUGGAUUUUUAGGUCGAUUUAAAAGAAGAAGAAUCUUAAUUGAAGAGUAUACACAGUGGUUUUGUUCUAGGGUUUAUUUCUGGGUUUGUUAGUAGAAAAUGAUUUUUAGGGUUCCAAUUUUGGGUUAUUUUUACUGUUUUGACUGUAAUUGAAGUAAAUUGGGUUUAUAAAUGGUGGAUAGUUGAAAUAAUUUGAGUUUAUAAUACUUUGUGGUGGAUCUAAUUGAAGUAUUUGGGUUUAUAAUUGUAUGAAUUGUCUAGUUUUGCUUGUGAAAUCAUGAUGUUCAGAUUUUUUGGGUAUUUGAUUGUUAACAAAUUAGGGCUUAUGUUGAUAAGUGUUAGGACAUGUUUAUAGGUUGAGAAGGACAUAGAAGGAUGGGUAAGUCAGUUUCAAUUUUGGGCUAAUUUUAAACCAUGAAAUAAGUUAAACAAAGUCUGUUGUCUGCCAUUGAUAACAGGGAUGAACGAUAACAUAUUAAAGGUGUUCGAUUGUUUGAGAGAGAUUAAGAAAAGCUUCAGAUUCUUCUACAUUUUCAUUGUAGAACAAAACGAGUGAGAUGUUUCUGGGAAAAGAAGAAGCUUUUAAGAUGUUUCAUGUGAAACCAAGUCUAGGUACCUUGUGAUCAAGGUAUAUCAGUAUUCGUCGAUUAUGAGUGUCAGUUCUUUGGUGCAGCUAUAUGUGUGGUUGGUCUUUGUUUGAUGCUCUUGUCGGAUUCGGAUAGUAGUGGCUCAUCAGGUGGGUCGGCUCCUCUUCUUGGUGACGCACUUGUCAUCGCUGGAACGCUUGGUUGUGCACUAAGUAAUGUUGGAGAGUUUUUGGUGGUCAUGAAGAAAAAACUUGUUGCUGUCAUUUACUCGCGUAACUUUUGCAUCCUCCUUGGUAUAUGCAAGAAUUUUGUCCUAUGGAAAAGGAGUGUAUGUUUCUCAACAUGGACUUGUCAAGUAUCUUUUGUGGUUGCAGGUAUGAAGGUUGCAAAUCUCACCUUGGAUACUGCAGAACACACAACUGGUAUAUUGAGAAGUUUGCUAAGAGCGUCCACAGUGGGAGAGUAAACCCAAAUAUUUGGUCUUUUGAACAGACGUAGUGGAACGUACUAUCGAUCAAAUUUUGAUCAACGACUAAAACCCAGAGUAUAUUUGGUCUGG